AUGACCCGAGUGUAUUCGUCUUCUCCAUGGUUGAUUAUGUGGUACGCGAUAACUUCUGGAUCGGGGUACUUCAGAAAAAAUUUUCGACAUCGUUUUGUCUUUGGUCCCAUACGAUCACGACCAAAUUCUCGAACUGGUGGUGGUAUUAUUAAACGAGUUGGUCGUGAUGUUGUCGAAGAUUUACUUCGUGGUAAAAAGAAUCCUGUCCAAUGUCUCAACGAAUAUGCAUCAAUGACAAAAAAGAAAAUUGUUUUUACGGAGGCUGGUCAUCAAUAUUUAUAUGCUAGUUCAGCAACAAUUGACGGUGUUCUCUUGCCGCAAGGCACGGGAAAAUCAAAAAAAGAAGCAAAAAUAGCUGGAGCACGAGCAGCAUUUGCAGCCUUAUUAGAUUUGGAUGAAGAAGCAUUUGAUACAAGAUUUGCGGGUAUUUCUGAUAUUAAAAUUGAUCGAAAUGGAAAUAGAACGAUUGAGAGUGGACCGAAUGAUGCCGAACAUAUAUUUACAGAUGAAUUUAUUCAAGAAUUAACACAAAAAUUAAAUGAUUUAGCUGUACAUCCAGAUUUACUUCGUUCCAAAGGCGUUGAACAAACAAUUCGCCGAAGUGUUAUGGGUGAACGUUCGCUAUCCGUAACUCUACCAUUAUCAAUGACACCCAAUUAUUAUGGUGAUGAAUUAAUACAUAAUCGAUCAUUUAAUUUAUCAUCGUCAUCGUUUUGCCAACGUCAGACAACAUCGACACCUCUGACCAUUCAUGCAGUGAAACCAAUUGAGAAUCCAAUAACACAUUUAAGAGAUUAUUGUAAAAAAAACAUGAUCGGAUGCACAAUUAAAAGUGCUGAAACAGAAAAUCCGGAAAAUCCCAAUCAGUACGUAUAUCCUGUCUAA